AUGACACACAGAGGACUUGUCCUGGUUACCUGGCUCUACAGCGCUUAUUUGGGGGUGUGCCAACCGGAGGGCCCCUCAGUGAAGACGCCUGUGUACGUGAAGGAGGGGGCCACUGCAGAGCUCUCGUGCACCUAUAACACCCCGGGGGACCCCAAAUUCACCCUGGAGUGGCGCUACGCUCCCCCCGGAGUCCCUGAGAUAAAGGCCAGAGAUGUGCUGUAUUACGACGGGCAGAUGUACCACAGGCAGCUGUGGAGCAGCAGGAUGUCUCUGGUGCAGAGCCCCCCGUCCAACGGCGUGGCCUCCCUGCAGAUCAAGAACGCGCGGCUGUCUGACGCUGGCAUCUACAUCUGCGAUGUCAAGACGCCCAGCAACUGGGACAGCAGCGGCCAUGGCCUCAUCAACCUCACUGUGCUCACUCCGCCAUCUUGGCCUGUGUGCACUAUGACAGGGAAGAACUACGAAGGCCACGACGUCACCCUGCAGUGCCUGAGUGAGGCGGGCAUCCCACGGCCCAUUUACACCUGGAGGAAAGACAACAACCAGCCACUACCACCCAACACUGUCACAGACCAGAUAAGUGGCUCCCUGGUUGUGCGUAACCUGUCGGCGUCUGUAGCGGGCACCUACACCUGCACGGCCUCCAAUGAGUACGGACGCACCGCAUGCAGCCUCAUCAUCAGGGUGUCCAACCCCAGGACGGCCGGUGUGAUUGGUGGAGCAGUGAUGGGCGUGUUCCUCACACUGCUUCUGAUUGGUGCAGUGGUCGCAUUCUUCUUGUGGAGGAGGAAGAGGCAGGCUUCUAACAAACUGCAAAGUGGACAGAGGCGUCUGAAUGGGGAGCCUGGUUCUGAAGUCUACCUCACCGGUACCUCUGGGUCUGGGUCUGGGUCAACAUCACAGCACUCCUCUCUGUACCGCGACAGUAAGGAGCGCUCCACACUGAGAGCGUGCCAGUCCAGUCCUAUGGUUUAGUAGCCCUCACUCCCAGCCUGCCAGUCCAGUCCUAUGGUGUAGUAGCCCUCACUCUCAGCCUGUCAGUCCAGUCCUAUGGUGUAGUAGCCCUCACUCCCAGCCUGUCAGUCCAGUCCUAUGGUGCA